CGGCAUGUUGAGCGCGCGCUGUGAAGAAAACGGUUUGAAAGAAAAAAUGGCGGAAAAACAUUCGGCUGUGGGACAUGACGGUUGCGAAAGUGUCGCCGUCGAUACCCAGAAUGAGAUCAACUCGGAGAAACAGACAAAGAAAAGAUGCCUCUCCACAAGCCCCAGCACAGCUCCCCCAAACAAAUCUCCCCGUACCUCCGUAUCACCCAGCAGACAGAAAACAGAUGCAGGGGACCAACUAGCGAUGCAGACAGAAAACACAGAGGGACCUUCAUGUCCAACUUUCAGCCCCACUGCACGAAGGAAAUCCUGGAGAAGAGCUACUAUAACCCGACGCUCACUCCCUGCCCUUCCCAAUCCAUAUCAGGUGUUGUGCAGGAGCAUCAGUGCAUCUUUACCACAGCAAGAGAGGCUUGAGAAAUUGAUGGAGGCUUCAAUGAGGCUGGUAAUAGAAAGAACUCAAGAUUCCAUACAGUCGGUGCCGAACACCUCACUGGAGUCUUUUCAGAAACAAGUUGAGCACAUGCAGAAAGAGUGGGGUUGUUUGGCCAAAAGCAUACGCGAUGAGCACCAGGGUCAUCAAUUCCCUGCUGGAGCAGCCAGUUCUAGUGACCCAGCAGUGCAAAGAGCCAUGGAAAAAGUCCAGAAAGCCAUCAACAGGCUCCAGGCUGAAAGUGAAUCUUGGGAGGCACUGUUGAACAAACACCGGAGCAAAGCAAAGGAAUUGGAAAGGAAAGUGGAGCAGGGCCAGGAGGGAGGCGUAUCAUUAGACACUACAUCUGUGGCCCAGUCGUCCCAGUACCAUUUCUUACAGAGUAAACCUGACUACCACGGUCUCCUCUGUCGACAACAGCCCAUGCUUCACACUAUGGCAACGAUUAUGGACACACAGACUAAGAUGGUUCGAAAGCUUCUGUCCAUCAAGGAGCAGUCACAGUUGCUAGUGAAAGAGACCAGUGGCCGACUGGCCGCAGAAGCAGGAUUCCAGGAUCUUUCCCCCGACCUCAUCAAGAACCUCCUGGCAGCACCUUUAUCCUCCGCAACUACAUAGUCACUCAGGCAUG